AUGGAACUGGAGCUUUGUGAGCUCACAAUCAAAGGCUCACUCAACAUCACGUCCGACUCCUCCCACGCCUACCUGACGGUGUCGACCUUCUCGCAUCUGAGCGUUUCCGGCGACCUCAGUCUUCUCGGUUCUUAUUCCCCUACUAGCACCUUCCUCUACUGGGACUCCAUCUUGGAAGCGACCUGCACUUGGCGACUCGCUCAGACUUGA